AUGAAUGCUGCGUACGACCUCUACGUGGAGUGCUGUCGGCGGCGCGGCGUGAAGCCAAACGGCGACAUCGAGGCUCAGGUGCGGGCGUCGGACCUCCUUAGCGUGCGAUUGCUCGAUGCCUCGCACACCUUCCUCGGCCGCCUUGGCGUGCUCGCCGUACUUUUAUUUGUACGGCAGCAUCAGUGCGUAGAAGAGGUGCGCCUUCCACAGAACAGCGUUGAUGAGACAUGCAUGAGCCUCCUGGCAGAUAUCAUCGCCGAAGGUCACCCGAGUUUGCGCAGUGUCGACGUCGCCUGCAACUUCCUCUCCACACCAGCCAUUCGCCAGGUGUGGGACGCGGCGCGGCAAAACACGCGCUUUACUCACCUCGGCCUGGAGGGGUGCGGGGUGAUGGACGAGUGGGUCACACGGCUGCAAGCGACACUGCGGGCCAACAAGGAUAUGGAGUUGUACGGCUACGAACCACAUGGCGUUCCGCGCAGUCCCCACUUGUGGCACACCGUCUUUCUCUUGACGCUUGGCACCAGUGAGGCGGUGCAGGAGUACUGCGAGAAGUGCCUGCCCGUGGUGAACAACUACAUGGCGGACAUGCGGGUGCGUGUAGCGGCCCUCACCCUCAGUGAUGUGGACUCAGCGGAGCAGGUCGAGUCAAAGCUGGCGCGGUGCCAAGAAACUUUCAAUCAUCAAUUGACGUGGUGCAUCGCCCUUCUCGGCGCCGAGCCGCUCUCGACGCGAGAGCUGUUUGCACUGGAGCGAGUGCUGCACCAGAAGCCGCCGCCCCACCUCCCAUUGCACAAUAAAAUGGGCGAACUGCGGCUCCGCACCUACCGUGCAGUGCGCGCCUUCUUCUGCUACACGCCGAUCUCGUGGGGGCUCUCUGGCGGCGUCACCGACGUGGUUCCGGCAAGUCAGUGGCUGCGCAGUGCUGGCUUCGCCGGAACCUCUUAUCAGUCUCUCAAGGCGACGGCGACUGCAUCGGCGGUGGUGCUGACACCAAGCAACCGAGUGGUGCGUUGGCAGAGCGACCUCUUCACCUCCCUUCAGAUGACUUUCCAGCAACCUGCAGUGGACGAGAUCACCUCAGCCGUCAUGCACGUGGACGAGGUGCUAGGGCUCGAGGAGUCGAAGCUCUUCUACAUGAGUCCUGACGAGAUGGAUGUGAUGCGAGGCUUUGUGCAAUGUGGCCGCUUUCACCCUCGAAAGACCGCACUCGUACUGGAGUAUGCCUCCGGUCCUUACCGGGACAGCAGUGCCCCAUUCAUUCUCUACGGCGCCGGCUGCAUUGGCAAGGGCAGCAUCCUAUGCAACGUGGCGAGCCUACUGUGGGAGGGGCGGCCCAGCGUGGGCGGCGAGCUGCCAGCGCGCGUGGUCUGCCACAUUGUGGACAUCGACCACAGCAGCGUUGUGGUACUCUUGUACCGUCUCCUUCACCUCUUCGCCCCCGAGUGCACCCUUGAGUUCUUCAGCAUCGAUGCGCUGGCGGAGACGGUGCGGGAAGCCAUCCGCGCCUACGCUGGGCCAACGAUGGCUCUACUGCUAGGCCGCAUCGAUCUGCUCGACACCUGUGGGUGUCACUACAGCGUAUUGGCAGCGUGGAUGCCGCAUAUCCUGCCCCCGACGGUCCGCGUUGUAGUAUCGCUCAACACGGAGAGCCCGGUGCUUCCGCUGCUGCGUAAGCGCAUGCCUCAGCCCUUCGAGUGCUUGUGCUCGCCCAUGACGGAGCUCAACUCGGUGCAGCUCUUCAAGUCGUUCCUGAGGGAGAGCAACGUGGUGCUGCCUGGGAUGGGCAUGCGCGAGCUUAAGUCGCGCGAGGACCUCGCUAUCGCAGAGAAGAGUUACCUGCAGAAAGAGGAGGCCAUGUCGACAGUGUACCCCCGCCUGGCCUCGUCGUACCUGCACCACUUCUUGAACACGGGACGCCACGUUGAGUCGGAGUACGAGACGCACCAGCUGAUCGAGGGCGAGCUGCCACCGACAGUUGCCGGGCUGGUGCAGUCGCUGCAUGACAAGGCCGCGAUGCUGUAUCCGCAGGUUACCGUGGAGACGCUACUCGCACUGGUUGCUCUGGCUCCCUUGCCAGCGACAGAGCUGGUGUUCAUCUGCGAGGACCUGAACUCAUGCCCCCGCCACACUGCCCUGUCCACCUUGCUGGUGUUGUCAGACAUGGGCCUCCUUCUGUGGCGCCAAGAUGCCACUGCCCAUGUCGCCCACCCGAUUCUGAAGAUGCUCUUCCUUGAUCUCUACAGCGAGCACGUGCCGCGGCUCAGUGUGCUUCUCGAGUCUCACCUGUACAGACUCGUCAUUACCUACAGCACUGAGGUGCCGCAUGCGCUUUGGUACCUGGUGCCCUUGAUGAUAGAGAACGGCAACAUGCGGCAGGCAGGACAUCUCCUGCGCGACCCGGUGAUGAUGGAUGCCAUCUUGCGGCGCGGGCCGCUGCACCAGCUGCACGUGCUGGAUGCGUUCCUACGCCUCUUGCAGGCGCGAACGCUGCUGCGCGAGGUGGAAGCCCUUGGUGGCUCGCCUGUGCCUCCGGAGUUGGCCGAGGGCCCCCUCCUGCGCUGCCUGCACGAGGUGGCGAACUACUCCUCAGACCUCUACCAGACGGCACUGCUGCGCCGCUCGUUCUCUCCAUACGCCUCUGCAGCCGCCUCGACCAAAUGCAUCACACCGCAGGUGUUUCUGCAACCCUGUAACGAUGGCCAGGAAAACACCGCCGUGGUGUCGGCUCACAUGAGUGAGGCGUGCUUGUGGUGCCACUGCAGAGGCAGCUACGUGGUAGCAGCGACUAACGACGCCGUGUUCGUGUUUACCUCAGACCUCGGCAAGCCCAUUGCCGAGCUGCACAUGCCCUUUGAGCGGCAGCAGCCCAUCGUCGGUGUGCUUAUGGCAGCCGGCACACGCGUACUGGUGGCGAGCGAGACGCAAGUACUCGUCUGGGACUACGAAGGCAACUCGAACUUCCUCUUCGACGCCAUAAAAAUGGAGGCGCGGCCGGCGGACCUCCACCCGUUCGGCUCGUUGCUCGUGGCCACCAACACAGCCACACACCAGCUGUGUCUCAUUGAUGUUCUGCAGAAGCGCAUUGUGCGAGAGCUCCCAGACGUGGAGGAGGGAGUGCGCCAGCGUGGUUUUUUCUGCGGAAGCCAUCUACUGCUGCUGGGUCGUUGCUGUCUGUGGCUCUACGAUGAAGAGAUGAAGGAGCACGUCACCUUCCCCCACGAGAGCCUUGUGACCACCGUUGGCUGCAACCGUGACGGAUGCGUUUUGGUGUCGUACGCCGGCACGUACCUGCACGUGUGGACCUCCGUCGGCGACCUGCUGCAUCGCAUCGACGUUGGGCCGGAUCCGCUCGUGCAGCUGCGCAUGAGUGCCGCUGGCACCCGCUAUGUGACUCAGCAGGGCACUGUUCUGCAGGUGUGGUGCACUCUGACUGGAGCCUUAUGCAGCACCCUGCGCAACCCCUUCAUCGAGGACGCGGGCAUCGACUACUUUACAUUCACGGAAGACUCUGCGAAGGUGGUGGGGCGCGCUGGUCCUUACAUGGUCGUGUGGGACUCGCACAAGGGCAGGCUCAUAGGCGCCGAGUCGGCACCCGUGGGUCUCAUACAGCACCUGACAGUGCACGAUGCCAACGUGUUUGCAACCACCACCGCUGGCGACUUGUACUCGUGGUCGUUAGAGUGCGGACUCUCCUCUAUCGGUCAGGUCAAGGAGGGUCGGUGCACCACCAACAUUCUGCGUAACGCCAAGGUGUCGAGACAGUCGGUGCUGAGCGUCUCGACGAACCGCGCCGGGACUCUGCUUGUGACGAUGGAUGCGGUGCACUGCCUGCAGCUCUAUUCGCUCACCACCGGGGCACCGAUCGAGCACGCCAUCGGUCGAGUACGGUGCGCGGUGGCGGCGGGGCUUGACACGGUAGCCUUUAUGCCGUGCGAGGCGACCUCUCUCUGCUUCUACUUUCUAAGAGGGGAGAGCCAUCUCUGCGAACGUACGUUCCCCAAGACCGCCCUACCAGAUGCAGACUACGCUCUCUACGUUUCCCCUGACGAGCUCUACGUCGCCGUCACGCUCCAUCAGCACCACCACAGUCGUAUGCUUAUCUACGAGGUCGAGGGGGGCGACUCCAUGUUGUGUCAGCUGCUGGGCCACGCAGGUCGAAUCAUCGAGGUGAACUUCUUUGGCAGUUUCGCCUUUACGGUGGGUGAAAACGACGCGUGCGUGCGGCUCUGGAAUCUCGCGCGCAAGGCGGAGCGUACGUCCUACACACACACUUGCCCGCUGGUAGCUGCCGCCGGCAACGGAUCGGGGCUACUUUUCUGCGUAGACGCCGAGGGAGCAGUGUUGCGUUUGCAUGUGGAUAACAUAAUCUCUGUGAAUCAUACCAGCCUCGUGGCGACGAGGCUGGGGUUGCACGCUGCUGUGCCGUCUGUGCAGGCAAGUGCCAUCCUCCAACUGUCCGUGUGUAGCAAUCAUCUCAUCCUGGUCCGGGCCAACGGUGAGCUGCUGCUGGUGGACACACUGCGCGACGACAUCGGCCACCGCGUUCCCUUCCUCGAUUGCCGCUGCCUGUGUAUGUCCACCAUCAACGGCGCCCCUGCGCUCCUCACCGGCCACAUCAGCGGAAAAGUGAUACUGAACUCGCUGUUGCACGCGGGCGUCACGGAGCAGAGUUGCAGGGGUGCUGGACGAUAA